AGGAAGAAAACAAUCGUCACACUUCCGGCUUGAAGUUAUUUGGGUUGGUCUUCGUCUCAUGACUCCUUCAUGAUCAUUUUAGUAUCAUUCCAUUCAUUUCGAUACAAAGCACCAGUAUUUCCCCUAACCCAAGUGAUGCAGUAUGGCAGCCGCCGCGGCUGUUGUCAGUCGCCGUAUCCGCCUCGCGGCGUUAACCCACACUUGGAGAAAUAGUGCAGCGAUAACAUGCAGCCGCCGGCGGUUGUCUCCGGUCCUGAAAUCCGACCGCGGUGUCUCUGGCGACAACACGCAAGUGGACCGGAGAGCUCCGGCGUCGGACAAGGGAGGAGAAGACGACCGCAGCCACCCCCGCCUGCUGAAGUCGUUGGUGUCCGUGGGCUUGGGACUGUGCGGUGCCGCCGCGCUUCUGGACGGCCGAGAGGACGGCGGUGACCCCAAAUCACGCGGGGUACUUGAACGCAUCCUGGCGACAGCCGAGUGCGCGUCCCCCUUUAAACCGGACACUCCUCGAUAUAAAUACAACUUCAUCGCAGAUGUGGUGGAAAAGUCGACUCCGGCGGUCGUCUACAUCGAAAUCGUGAGCAGACAUCCAUUUUCCGGGAGGGAAGUGGCAGUGUCCAAUGGCUCUGGAUUUAUCAUCAGCAGCGACGGCCUCAUCGUGACCAAUGCUCACGUGGUGGCCAACAAGCGAGGGGUCCGCGUCAAGCUCACAAAUGGAGAUAUGUACCAUGCCGCCGUGCAAGAUGUCGAUCCGGUGGCGGACAUCGCAACCAUCAAAAUCUCUGCGAAGAAUCCUCUACCCACGCUCGCCCUGGGCCGUUCGUCCGAUGUCCGUCAAGGAGAGUUUGUGGUGGCCAUGGGAAGCCCGUUUGCGUUACGGAACACCAUCACAUCAGGGAUCAUCAGCUCUGUGCAGAGGGGCAGUAAGGAGCUCGGCCUGUCGAACCCCAACAUGGAGUACAUCCAGACUGAUGCGGCGAUCGACUUUGGCAAUUCCGGAGGCCCGCUCAUCAACCUGGAUGGUGAAGUCAUCGGGAUAAACACUAUGAAAGUCACUCCAGGCAUCUCCUUUGCUAUCCCGUCCGAUCGCCUGCGACUUUUCCUCGAUCAAGCUUCCAAAAGAAAAAGUUCCUGGUUUGGCGAGUCCGAGACAAAGCGGCGGUACAUUGGCGUCAUGAUGCUAACGCUGACUCAGAGCAUCAUUGCUGAGCUGAAGCUGAGGGAUCCAUCUUUCCCAGAAGUGACUCAUGGAAUUCUGAUCCACCGAGUUAUAAUGGGCUCCCCGGCGCACAGAGCCGGGCUGCUGCCAGGAGAUGUUGUGCUGGAAAUCAACAGUGUGAAAGUGAACAGCUCAGAGGAGAUCUACUCGGCCGUGCGUAACAGUGAUAAGAUCACCGUGGUGGUGCAGAGAGGAGAAGCGCAGCUUCAACUGCAAAUGACUCCUGAAUCCACAGAGUGACGAGCGGCCACGCCGCAUCUGCUCACAUUUUGACCGGCCAAGCAACUUAAUCACGUACAUGAGGAAAACCGUGAAACCUGUCAAGUCACCGUGACGGUAGGGAAUGAAAAGAAAAGGGACAUGUUAUGGAAUGCUGUAUGUACAUUGUUUGUAUCUGGAGUGCCCACCCAACAAGUUUGCUAUUACACAUUAAAAGUCUUUUCUAAGCAAA